AUGGACAGUUCGCCGGAUCUGUCGCUGAAGUUGCGGCGCGGUUCGAGCGAUUCGCGCGAAUCGUUCUACAUGGACUUUGCCCAGGGCAUCGACUCCGACAUCGAGGACGUGGUAACGAUGACGUCCGGUGGGGCCGGCGGUGUACCGUCGCCUUGCGCGCUACCACCAGCCAGCCUGCCGGAAGUGGUGACGUUACAGCCGACCAACACCACCAACCAGACCAGCAUCAUCCUGGAGGAGGAAGAUCCACUCAUCGAGGAAGAGGAGGAGGAGGAGGAGGAGGUAGAGGAGGACGAGAUGCGCCAGGAGACGGUGGUAAAGGAGGACCCAACAUCCAGACCGGAUGCCGUCAGCAACCUGCCGGAUGAGUGCGGGGUGUACGAGUUGCCACCGAUUUCCUCCUUUCCGUCGCCGCUCCACACACCGGCCAGCCUGCUCGUACCGUUGCCCGCGCUGGACAUCGACAUCGAAAGGGAUUCUGGUUUGCCGCCGCAGCCUAUCAUGCCAUCGCCGUCGGUGCCCCAGAAUGCGAUCGUGUCACCGGAAACGUUCAGCACGCAUACGUCACCGGCACCAUCGCUACACCAGCUGCCGAUCGGUCGUCCAGUAAGCCCACCCCAUCCUCCACCCUGUUACGAGCCCGCUCCGCCACCUCCCUUGCACCCACCGGCGGUGUUAACCACCGGGGCGGACUAUCCUUCGCUAUCCUCCGUGCAGGAGCUCGGCACAACCGAUGGGGAUGGUUCACGCAACGGUUCGUCGUUGGGCAUGCAGAGCAAAACACCGACCCAGCACGGGUCCUCCUCCACGUCGUCCUCGGCCGCAUUUCAGCCGCGCACCCUCCACACCCCAACGUCGAGUGCCAAAGCGAUCGGUACGGCACCGGUCGCACCAGCACCCCUGCUCGUGCCGCUGCCCCUGUCCGGUACGGCCGAUUCCGUACACUCCGCGCACCGGCCCGCCCACCGCCUGUCGCAGCAGUCCCUGGCGACACCGGCUAGUGGGGCCGCUAGUCAGACGACCACCACGCACCAGCACCUGUCCGUGCUGUACCACUCGCACCACCACCAUCUCCAUCCGAUACUGACCACCAACCGGCGCCCAUCGCGACUCCCCGAACCGGUCUACUAUCCUCCACCGCGCGAGGUGAAGCCUGGUGAAGCCCUCGCGACCACACUGUCCGCCCUCUACGGUAAGCUGCUCGUCGUGAUGGGUAUCGCUUUCCCGAUGGCGGAAGUCAUCUCCACCUACAUUCCACCUUCCUUCUACGAGGGCUUCUAUCUCUAUCUGUACAUCGGCAGCAUGGUGUUUCUGCUGUUCAUGUACACGACGCUACUCUGGGGCAAACCCAAGAUGCCACCUGUGUCGCCGGUUAAGAAGCAAACGAUCGCCAGCACGAAGAAGGUGAUGCACCGGACCAGCACCACCUGCUCGACGGACAGUGGCGAACAGUCGGACAGUGAGGACGACACGAUAAGCUCCAGCCCGAAGAUUCCGGUCCAGGCGCGCCGAAUGUCGCUGUCGGCCGGUGCUGCCUCACGCCUCCAGCACUUCGGUAGCUUCUAUUUGCGCAUGGGCGCAGUCGCAUUCGGCAUCGGUAGCAUGAUCUACUCCGGAUUGGAAUUCGGACAGUACUUUGAGCUGGAGCGCAACACCAAGUGCCACAACGUGCUGCUCGCACUGACGCCGGCGACCCGUAUGGCCUUCAUCUUCAUUCAGAUGUAUUUCAUUUUUCUAAACAACGAGCAAAUCAAGGUGUACCGGCAUAAGAUAGUGGCCCGGUUCGGGCUGAUGCACAUGAUCGGUACCAACCUGUCCGUAUGGUUCUCGGUGUUGAUACAGGAAACGAAGCACGAAAUAUUGACGUUUUACAAUCCGGAGAAUCGCACGCUGCGCAUUUCACACCGGUUGGGUAACAAGAUGAUGCCCCAUCCGGUGGAGACGGUAGCACAUCUACGGGUCGCCCGCGGUUUAAAGGGCCCGCACAACAUCUUCGAGUGCCGUCGGUCGAACAUCAUCGGUACGCUCGUGCAGGACGCAUCGCCGUUCCUCUUCCCGUGCACCAUCGAGUACUCGCUGAUCUGUGCCGCCAUCCUGUACGUGAUGUGGCGCAGCAUUAGCCGGCCGCAGAACGAGCAACCGCAGCGGCAGGAGAGUUUGCAUCCGCUGAAGCGUUCGCCCCACCACUACUCGGUGGACUGUGCCGGUGCGCACAAGGGCCUGUUCAUCGGCAUCCUCAUCCUGGUACUGACCAUCAUCUCGCUCAUCCUGUUCUUCGUGCUGAUAUCGCGGCCCGAGUUCGUCAGUCUCGCCGUGACCGAGGUGAACAUAUGCGAGCUAACGCUGUACGGUACGACGACCGCGGCCACACUGAUCGGGAUGUUUCAGGUGCGCCACAUGCAGUACGAUGCGUUCCGGAGCUUCAGCCUUGACGACAUUCUGCUGGUCGGUGGACAGACCGGUUCGUUCCUGUACAGCACGUUCACGGUUAUUGGCGGUCACUUUACGAUGCGGCGCGAUACGGUGCUGGUGUUGAUAACAGCGCUAGCGUCCCUCGUGGAGACCGCCUGCCAGACGAUGUUCAUCCUCGAUGCGAGUCGCCGUUCCGCCGCCACCCAGGAACACAUCCGGAAGAAACCGGGCCGGGAGAUAGUGACCUUCCUGCUGGUGAGCAAUCUCGCGAUGUGGGCCAUCAACACGCUCGAGAAGAGCCGGGCCGAAUCGCAUCCGAUUCAGCUGCACUUCUACGGUCUCUGGGCGUGGACGAUCAUAACGCACGUGUCGAUGCCGCUCGCCAUCUUCUACCGCUUCCACAGCACGGUGUGCCUGUGCGAGAUCUGGAAGCGGGCGUACAAGAUGAAGCCGGCGUACAUGUAGGGUCGUGCGAGUGCUUGGCCCUGUCCGGCACGCGUGUCCAGGAUAUGUGCCAGGCGUACGGAAGAACCGGCUGCAGAGGAAACGGUCGCUAGCGGUGUCCGGCAGGAGGAUCCCGCCUCUAUCGAUCUGAACGCGUAUCUCCGUGUCUAGGACUUUGGAUGCAUCUUUACUCAUACACGAGUUUCAAUGAUGUCCUCCAGGGCGAAAGAGAGCAGCAGAGAGGUGAACUUCAAAGGCGCAACUUCAAAGAUGCAUCACCACAUCCUGUGAGGGACCUUUUUACGGAGAAGUUUUAGUUUUACAUCCCCAUUUCUUAAAAACUCGGUGAGAUCGGACUUGGUGGCAAGUUGUUGGCGUCGUGUUUCGGGUGGCAUCACACAACCAGAAUUGUAACAUCAGCACAAUACGCACUCAGAAAAACACAAACACACCCCACCGACGAUUCUUCCAAUCGUACCGCAACUCCAACAAGCAACUUUUGUACUACGACGUACUACGUGACCUGCGAGUUCUACAUCGCAGAUGCCGGCAGAGCAUCAGUGGCAGACCAUGUUUUUAUGUGGGUGAAUAGAGGGACAGUAGAGCUUUUAGAUACAUUUUGUUCACACCAGGUGUUUUGGAGGUACUCUUUUUUAUAUACAUAUAUAAAUAUAUAUAUAUCGAAUCGUAGCAGCUAGUGGUAGAUAGGGUUAGUGUUGGUUACGCUCAACGUAUUGCACGAGCGGCAUCCAGUAGCAAGGCAGAUGUUUGUGGGGGAAGGCGAAUGGCGAAACGUCCAGUAUGUCGGAAACGGUAAUCGUCCAUGUAUGUUACUAUCUCAGCAAUCCUGCAAAAUACGGUGCGUGCGUUGUGUGUGUCUGCGAUGGCAUUCAACGAUAAGACAACGAGCUGUCAAACUCACAGCACAGCACACACUACCCGCGCUCCCAACCGUCUAAAACCGUCUAACACAUAAAUGUCCGGGUGCCAAAAACUCUCUGGCGCGCAAAAACGCACAUUCGGUGUUGAAACGUGUCCAAACAAAGUGAAUCAAAAGUCAACCAUAACUCAACUCAGUGUCAAAGCAAAUCAAAAACCAAAAUGUAAGAAUUAAUCAACUAUAGAUAGGAUGGAUAGAGGGGGAUGUGAUCACCGUGCUAAACUAUAUAACUUCCUGCCAGUAAGCGAACGUUUUUAUUUUGUUUUAACAAAACAAAAAAAUGGUGCCAAUUUUACGGGCGCGAAAACAGGAACUCUUUUAAUCGUUUAUUGCUACACCGCAUAACUGCAAUGGUACGGACAGCUGUUGCCAAACAAAUGGCGAAUGUUGGGAGGAGUGUCUUUUUAGUUUAUUUCGCUUCGUAGUAGUAGCGUGGUGGUAGUUCCAAUCCGCUCCGCCAGGUAUGUCCAUUGACAGAUACACUCCAAACCCCAUUCCCCAACUACCAAAAUCCACCGCAACACAGCAUGCGCUCGCGAUCGAUCGAUAGAUGCGUGCGACAGCUAAGUAGGCUAAGAAUAUCGAAGAAAUCCCAAAACCCCACGGUAACGGCAACGGAGCGUGAUAAGUUAGGCUUCCCGUUUGGUUUCCUUUUUUUUGCGCAGCAUAGUGAGACGCUCAUCGUGCCGUCUGGGGAGGGGGUCUUUUUUUGUUUUGUUGUUUGGGGGGACAAAAAUCACAACCAGACGAAAAAAAGGAAAAGCAAGAAAGAUCACAGCAACAUGUGUGUUUGCUUGCGGAAAAUGAGGAAAUUCUUCCGUGCUGACAUCAUCCGACAAACCGGUCGGCUUUGUUUGCCGGUGGUUGCGCUUUCGUUCUUCACCUACAUAUUAUUUGAGCCUUUUAUGUUUUCCGCUGUCCAAUUCGGGGAUAAUUAUUCGUGGGUAUAGGGUACCUUUGCUACAUCCUGCAUUAUAUUUGAUGGGUUUUUGCCCGUGGGGGGGCGAUAUUAUAACUAGUUGUAGACGGAUGAAAAAAAACGCUUAUUUAAGUAUGUAGAGCAUUCUGAUCCUGAUGGUACAUUCUCUUCUCAACCGCAUCUCGAGCACGAAACGAACGCAGAAGAAUCGCAUACCCACAAUGUACACGCCUCCACCUAUUAAUCUCUUUAAAGCUAUUAAUCGUUGUAUAUGCCCCGGAACCAUAAUUAGCGGGCCGAAUUUCGUGUGUUUUUUCCUUCCUUUCCUUUCACAAAAUCGUUGGCUGUCAAACCGUCCCAGUGCGGGUGACUGAAGCAAAAAAAAAAAACAAACAAAAAAAGAAAUAAAAAAUCCGCAUCUAGCCGUAUUUUCAUCUCAUGCUAAUCCUCUCUGUCACGCUCACUAUUUGCGACUAUCGCGGUACAGUAACAGCAAUGAACACAAACUCAAUCAAAAACACACACACUCCACCAUUUUCCCGUGUUUUUUUUUUUGUAGUAAUAAGUAAGAUUCACGUGUAGGAAACGAAGCUGUUACAGUGUUUUUUAAUUCCGUUUUGAGUCGUCAAAAAUUUAUUAUCUCCCUCUCGCUUCUCGCUACCAAACAAAACGUGAAGAAACAAAAGGAUAAAUUGCAAAACAAAUGACAUUAAAACAAAGAGGAAGCGCUCUAAUUAAAAGAGAAGAGAUAAUAAGAGAAAAUGAGAAAGAGAGAGGGAAUUUGUUCCGUUUGGUUGCAGUGUCGAUCAGUUACAAACGACAAACAACCUAUUACAACUUGUUUGUUACAUAUUACAAGCAUAUUAUUCGUGCGUGCGUAAAGUUUUGGGGAGGGGGAACAAAAAGAAAGAAAAGCCGAACCAAUUUCUUUGCUAAGUUGUGCCAGUUUUGAAAUAUUAUUAGACAGAUAAGCGUGUUUGCGAAAGAUUUAACAAAACAAAACCGCACCAACCGAUUACUAUUUAAUCGGAUGUUUUUAGGCUUCGAUGUUCUUUUAGCUGUGUAUACUAUGCGUACGUUACUGGGAUACUUUUUAAUACACAUACACACAUACACAAAACAAAAACGAACAGUCAUGUUCCGGUAGAGAAUAUUAUCGAAUAACAAAACACAAAAAAAAUGAAACAAAAACGAAAUAAAUUAAAGUCUAUACAAACUCAACGACGGCCAUUCGCGAUUUACAAAUAAAC